AGUCCGGGGCUGUGGACGGACGGACGGAAUGGGGGGCUGGAUCCUGGGGCUGGGGCUGCUCGUGGCUCUGGCCACCUCCGGAGCCCGGGCCCUGAACGAGGAGGAGCGGCUCAUCCGCUACCUCUUUGAGGAGAAGGCUUACAACAAGAACCUGCGGCCGGUGGAGCGCCAGGGGGACAGGGUGGACAUCUCCUUGGCCCUCACCCUCUCCAACCUCAUCUCCUUGAAAGAAGUGGACGAGACCCUCACCACCAACGUAUGGAUUGAGCAUGGCUGGAUGGACAGCCGGCUCCAAUGGGAGAUGGCCGAGUUCGGAAACAUCAGCGUCCUGCGCCUGCCUCCAGACAUGCUGUGGCUCCCAGAGAUCGUCCUGGAGAACAACAACGACGGCACCUUCCAGAUCUCCUAUUCCUGCAACAUCCUCCUCUACCCCUCUGGCUGGGUCUACUGGCUGCCCCCUGCCAUCUUCCAGUCGUCUUGCCCCAUCUCCGUCACCUACUUCCCCUUUGAUUGGCAGAACUGUUCCCUCAAGUUCAGGUUGGACCCCUGGGCCUCCGGCCUCCGACCCCGGCCCCUUUUUCUGGCCAGGAGCCUCCCUGCCCGGGAAGGAGCAGCGUGGCCCUGGGGGGCGAGGGAAGGGGGGACCGCACUCGCACACUUUGGGGGGGCCCAGAAAAACGGGGAGUGGGAAAUCAUUCACCGGCCCGCCCGGAAAAACAUCGACCAGAGCGUCUCCCCGGCCAGCACCAGCCACCAGGACAUCACCUUCUACCUCAUCAUCCGCAGGAAGCCCCUGUUCUACAUCAUCAACAUCCUGGUGCCCUGCGUGCUCAUCUCCUUCAUGAUCAACCUGGCCUUCUACCUGCCUGCCGACAGUGGCGAGAAGACUUCGCUGACCAUCUCGGUCCUGCUGGCCCAGUCUGUCUUCCUGCUGCUCAUUUCCAAGCGUCUGCCCGCGACUUCCCACGCCAUCCCCCUCAUUGGCAAGUUCCUUCUCUUCGGCAUGGUCCUGGUCACCAUCAUCGUGCUCAUCUGCGUGGUCACCCUGAACAUCCACCACCGCACCCCCAGCACCCACGUGCUCUCGCAGGGGGUCAGGAAGAUGUUCCUGGAGACGCUGCCGCGCUUGCUGCACAUGUCCCAGCCCGAGGCGGAGCCCGCGCCCGGCUCCCAGGUGCGCCGCAGCAGCUCCCUGGGCUACAUCUCCAAAGCGGAGGAGUACUUCACGCUCAAGUCCCGCAGCGACCUCAUGUUCGAGAAGCAGUCGGAACGCCACGGGCUGGCCAGCCGGGUCACCCCCGCACGGCAGCCCCCGGAGUCUGAAGAGUCCCAGCAGGAGCUGCUGAAUGAGAUCCGGCCGGCCGUGGACGGGGCCAACUUCAUUGUCAACCAUAUAAGAGACCAGAACAACUACAACGAGGAGAAGGACAGCUGGGGCCGAGUGGCCCGGACCGUGGACCGCCUCUGCCUCUUCGUGGUGACCCCGCUGAUGGCGCUGGGGACGGCCUGGAUCCUCCUGCAGGGCAUGUACAACCAGCCCCCGCGACAUCCCUUCCCCGGGGACCCCUUCACCUACGCCGAGAAGGACAAACGCUUCCUCUAGGAGCCGCCCACCUGGUGGUCCCAGGCGGUCCCACGGCCCCUGCCUGGGGGGGAGGGGAGGGGCAUACCGCCCUGAAGUACCGGAGUCGGGGAGAGGGGCAAGGGCAACAUCCCGCCUCCUGCUGGGGUCCGGAAGGGCCGCCCUUCUCAAAGGGCCCAACUCAGCCCAGGGGGAGGAGGGCACGAAGGCCGCAGUCUGUCCGCUGAGGACUGAAGAGCCACUAACUGUGGCAGGCAGGGCUUCUUUAGCUAGGAAAUGAAGGAAGGAAAA